UGUCACACUCUGGGUCCACUGUGUCCCAGUUAGCUCCCCCUUUACUUUCUGUGUGUUGACCUGGCUGCUCAGAACAAGGUUGAUGCAGUCUUUCUGCGGCUCUCCCUCCCUGAGACUGAGAAUUCAGCAGCAUGUCUCGAAUCUCCUCCACUGCCAAGCGUUAUGCUGGCUCCUCCUACACCAGCCACUACAACUCCUACAGCUCCUCCCUGACACCAGGCCUUAGCUCGUACACCGAUCGGGACAGGCUAUCCUCCUACAAGUCACCAGCAUCCUCCAUCUCUUCUUCAGGUUACUCAUCCUCCAGCUAUCUGAGCGGUUCUGGCAUUCAUAGCCACAACUACAGCAACUCUUCAGACCCUGAUCGUGACCGGGGUCGAACAAUCCCACGCACUGACAUCCUCGGGAGCAGCAGCAGCCGCCGGAGCGAGAGCCUUAGCAGAACCCCUGUCAAGAGCUACAGAGGGUCAGGGCUCAAUGGGGGAUCUACCUAUUCUGGCUAUAGUUCCUACUCUUCAUCCUCAGCCCAGUCCAUCUACCUCUAUUCUACACCAUCGGCCUCCAGCGUCUCGCUCAAUCGUCGAAAAUCUGUUUCACAGAGUGACUUGAGCAGAGAUCUGUCCUCUCUGGGCCUCAACAAUACUUUGUCCUCUUCCUCCACUCCAUCCUCUUCUAUAAGUGCCCUGCGAGGCUACCAUGGUCGAUCUAAAGACUCUGACUCGAACGACUUUGGCUCCCGCUCAGGCUACUCAGGCAUGUUACGAAGCUCUACUCAGGAGGCCCAUUCACGGAGCUCCACCCAGGAAGCCUUCAGCAGCAGCAAAGGAGUUAGCUCUUCCACAUGGGCAAAGCGUAAUAAUGAACUGUCUGACUUCUCAAGCAGGGACUUCACGAAUUCAAAGAGUGCCCAGGGUCUUAUGGGGCUGAAGAACUUGGGAAACACUUGUUUCCUGAACAGUAUCCUGCAGUGUCUCAGCAACACACUAAGCCUACGAGACUACUGCCUGCACAACUUGCACCGCAGAGACCUCAACAACAGUCGCACAAACACAGCCCUCAUGGAAGAAUUUGCCAAGCUGAUCCAGACCAUUUGGACAUCAUCUAGCAGUGAGGCAGUGUGUCCGUCUCAAUUCAAAACUCAAAUCCAGAGAUAUGCUCCCAGAUUUGUGGGAUACAACCAGCAGGAUGCUCAGGAGUUCCUGCGUUUUCUCUUGGAUGGUCUACACAACGAAAUAAACAGAGUCUUUGUCAGACCAAGAGGCACCAUGGAGGAUUUUGACCAUUUGUCAGAUGACGAAAAAGGGAAGAAGAUGUGGACUAAAUAUCUGGAGAGAGAAAACAGUAAGAUAGUUGAUUUGUUUGUGGGGCAGCUGAAGAGCUCCCUGACCUGCAGCCACUGUGGCUUCUGCUCCACUUGUUUUGAUCCUUUCUGGGAUCUUUCUCUGCCAAUCUCCAAGACCUGAAACGGUUCUCUGAGGGACAAAGAUCAAGCAAAUUGUCCACUUUUGUUCAUUUUCCUCUGAAGGAUCUUAACCUGCGAGAGUUUGCCUCUGAAAGCAGUACGAAUGCUGUCUACAACCUGUAUGCAGUGUCCAACCACUCAGGUACCACCAUGGGUGGCCACUACACAGCUUUCUGUCGCAACCCCAACUCAGGGGAGUGGUACACUUUUAACGACUCCAGAGUAACGCCAAUGUCAUCCAGCCAAGUGCACAGCAGCGAUGCCUACAUCUUGUUCUAUGAGCUGGCUUCUUCCUUGCACAUGUGAAGUUCCCUGGAAAAGGACUGGAUCCCCUUUGAUGGACGAACAGACAAACGAUGAACAAAAGGACAGAUGACAAAUGAGACUUCUGUUGGAGUGUGGCCUGUUUGGGACUUGUCUCAGGCAGUUGAUGUUCACAAGCACAUAUAAAAGCUUGGAAUCCACCAGAACACUGUGAUCUCCACUGGAACCUGAUCAACCAGCUCUGUGUCUGACACUGCUCCUGUGUCCUGCUCAUCCUGGGUGGAGCUGUGUGUGUGUGUGUGUGUGUGUGUGUGUGUGUGUGUGUGUGUGUGUGUGUGUG